AUGGUGUGGCAGCUCGAUCGUGUGCCUACGGAAUUCAGUCACACGUUUGAGGAGUUACCGUGCAUCAGAGAAGCGGACGUCGAUAAUUAUGACUUGGCUGAACAGAAUGAGCCUGAGAUGUUCCCAACUUGGGACGAUAAUGUCGAUUUCGAACCGCCUCUACGGCCGACCGAGUCCAUCGACAUGGUAGAUCUUGUGGGGCCGAGGUCUUCACCCGUUGCAAAUAACCCUCCGGAAGCUAAUGGCGCUAGAUAUGCGGCGGAGCCUCACGAUUCCAGCAACGAUCACCCCCUUCCCGUUCAGUCUGAGGCGCCACUGCCGCCCACUGUAUUGGCACACUUUCUGUCUGUUUUGUUCACGACAACCGACCCCUUUCAAGCACUCUUGGAGUUAGGGCGCCAAGCCCCUUCCGCCUCUCGUGAUCUGAUUGACGCUCUCGAAUAUCAUGACGUCAGAGCUCCGUCAGAGGAUACUUUGAGCAGUUUAUCCAUUACUGAAGAGCUUGAUCAUGUUGCGUCCGCACUUGAGUCUGAAGGGCCAUUACCAAAUAUCCUUGGUACUGAAUCUAUUGGCGAAUCUCUAAUAAGAUACUCACCUGAAAAGUUACGAUAUCUUUACACUGGAAUUGGUGGAACGGAGGAUUCACGUCCUCAGUCUCGAAUUGAUGUCCUCAAGGAUGGCCCUAUCAAUUACGAUGUUCACUAUGAGUUUGACGUUGAUAGCAUUGUCUUGCUAAGCGAGCAUCUAGAUGUGUUCCAGCAGAGCAUUCUCUGGUAUCCUGCACAGGUCUCUCUUGGCCCGCUAACCACUGACCUGCACCUCAAGCCUGGUCGGGUGGAAUUCCACGAUAGCCAUGGCCGAUUUCAUCAACAUCGACAGAGGCAACCUUAUCCGACACCCAUUAGUCUAUUGAAGCGUGAGUUUUGGACCCUAUUUUGGGCUGCUUUUGAAGCUUCCUUCUCACCCGAGAACAUCGCCAGUGGGCGGAGACGGACGGGUCUCCUCCCUUUUGAUCCAGAAGUCGUCCUAUCACAGAUCGCCAAGAUUGAAGAAGAGGACCCAGAUACAGGCAGUGACACGGCAGACUCUAUAGCCCUGCAGAAGCCUACUGCCCGGGAACUACGGCGACUGGUUGACAAUGUAGUCGAUAAAUCAAGGGAUUCUGGCUCUGGUGCUCGAAAGCUAAAGAGUACGCUCGGAAGCCUUCAAGCGGAGGUUGAGCUGCUCAGAUCUGAGAACCAAGGACUCCGUGAAACAAUUAUUCAUGAGAAACAGCGCAGACAACGUGGUAAAGCUCUGAAAGAUUACCUCUUUGAUCGUACGGACCCUAACUCUGCCCAGGUAUUUAGCCCGGCAAAAAUCGCACAAGCACGUUUAAAGAAAGCCGUGAUAGAGGCCAAGAAGCAAGAGGAGGCUCUUCAGAGGGAAACGGAAAAGACUCAACGGCAACAGAAGGCGGCGGCGCAAAAAGCACAGGUCUUAGAGAGGCGGCGGCAACGAAAUGAAGAAAGGGAAUGA